GCCAAAAACAAAUGGACGUGAGGAUGUGAGGAGGGAUGUUUGGCCACCAGCGGAAAUGGUUGAAAUCCUGAUCCAAGAAAAUAGCUCGCUAAAAUUAGAACUUGAAACUUGCUAUCAAAAAGUGGCAAAAUCACAGAAGUUGGAGCAAGAGAUAGCCAAAGUACACAGAGCACAUGAGGAACUAGUCCAGGGUUCAGAGCGUCGUGAGCGACUAGAGCGUGCUGCUCGCACUAAGCUGCAGACAGAAGUGCGGCGGCUUCAAGAAGCAAACCGUGCUCUUAGAGAACAGGCGGAAUUACUGUCUGCACAGCUUCUAACAGGGCCCCGAGUGUCAGUAGCAGCUGCUGCAGAGCACUCUGCCGAUUCACGUCUUAGAGAAGAACUCAAUCGACGAGAAAUACUAGUUGCCCAACUUAUCACACAGAACAAAGAGCUUGCUGCAGCAAAGGAGCGCCAGGAAAUUGAAUUAGCUGCUCAGAGAGCUACGUUGCAAGAGCAGAGAACACACAUUGAUAUUCUGGAUACUGCUCUCACAAAUGCACAGGCAAAUGUAGUGAGAUUGGAAGAAGAGUGUCGAAAAAAGCAAGUUUAUGUUGAACGAGUGGCUCAGUUGCAGCGUGCACUAUCGUCACUUCAGUUAGCAAGUGAGCGUCGAGAGCAGACUGAACGAAAACUGAGGCAGCAGCUGGAGCAAGAGUUGCGUUCAGAGCGUGGUGGCGGUGGUGAAGGAGCAGGGUCUGGAAAUGGAGCUGAUAACAAGUCAGGAGAAUCUGCCGGUAAUGGAGCACCAUCGAGUAGCGAAGUAAUUGCUGAACUAAAACGACAACUGAGAGAGCGUGAUGAUCGAUUAGUACGGCUUGAAGGUGAAGUGGCCAAAUGGGAACAGCGAUAUCUGGAAGAGAGUGCGCUUCGCCAAGCUGCAAUAGAUGCUGCUAGUAUUCCCAAGGAUGCAAAAAUAGCUGCCCUUGAGAAAACAAGCCAGGAAACUGAAAAAUUGAUUGCUGAAGCAAGAUCUGAAAAGAUACGCCACAUGGAUGAAGUCCAUGCAGCUCAGAAAAAAGUAGCUGAUCUAGAGUCCAGGUUAAAGGACCUAGAAUCAAAGCUUGCAGAACGUGAUGCGAUGAUCAGGGUGCUACAGAAACACACAUAUGAUAAAGAUGUGUCUAGUUUUCCGAGCAUGCUGGUAUGUUCACCUCAUCACACCCCUCAUCCCAGUCUACAUGGCAAUUCUGAUCUUGGUGUUUUGGGAACUUCAGUUUCCAGAGAGGAACUCGACCCUGUGUCUACAACCAGUGUUUUCUCCACUGUCAGUGGAGCAAGCUGUAGUACUGGCAUCAGUUCGUACACAGGGAGCUGUAGUGACUCUGCUGGUAGCAAGCUGAGCUCUUACCAUCGCCCUCUGACUUCAAGUUAUGCUGCAACUCGUACAAAGUAUGGCAGUGUUGCAGCAAACAAGAGUUUUGAUGAAACAAACAAGUCACUUGAUGACCAGCUUAAAGAGUUAGAUUCUCAGCUGGAUUCUCAACUCCUCAGUAAGGUGGCGAGGCUGUAUGGAAGGGACUUCUUGGUAUGCAAUGGGUGGCAGCUGUCAAAGAGGAGUCAACUGCUGGUGGUUGGGUAGGUUUAACAAGUAGCUGUCUUUGAGGUGGAGGUCAACAUUGAGGAAGAUGGCUUGUUGCGGUAAAGAGGACCAGAUGAGGUGAAUGGGGAAGAAUGUGUUGAGGUU